AUGGACAAGGCAAAUCAAAGCCAGCAAGUUACGGAGCUGACUCUUGCGGGACUGACAGAUGACCCACGACUAAAAGGGCCUCUGUUCGUCCUCUUCCUCCUCGUUUACUUCAUCACUCUGGCAGGGAACCUGGGCAUGGUUGCCCUGAUCAGGAGCAGCAGUCAACUUCAAUCACCCAUGUACUUUUUCCUCGGCAAUUUGUCCCUCCUAGAUGCUUGCUACGCAUCAGUGGUGGCGCCAAGGACAUUAAUGAACCUUUUGAUGGAGAAGAAGACAAUCUCUCUGGUGGGCUGUGCCGCCCAGCUCUUUUUUUUCAUAGGUUUUGGUAGCACCGAGUGCUUCCUUCUGGCCGCGAUGGCGUACGACCGCUACGUGGCCAUCUGCAACCCUUUGCUUUACCAGUCCAUCAUGUCUCAUAGGGUCUGCGUCCUACUGGUGGCUGGUUCAUACGUGCUUGGCCUGCUGCACUCUUUGGUGCACACGGAAUUCGCCUUCAGCCUGCCUUUUUGCCCACCAGCAGAGAUCGACGACUUCUACUGCGAAAUCAUGCCUGUUCUAGCGGUCUCCUGCUCCAACACCCAGGUCAACAGGCAUCUGAUACUUGGCCUUGGGGGACUGGUGGAGAUGGUGACCAUCUUGGCUGUCCUGGUCUCCUACUCCUUCAUCCUCUCUGCUGUCUCAAAGAUCAGCUCCUUUAAGGGCCGACACAAAGCCUUCUCCACUUGCACCUCUCACCUGACUGGAGUCACCAUCUUCCAUGGGUCUAUCCUCGCCCUGAACUUCCGACCAAGGCCCACCGACACCCUGAGCACGGACAAGACCUUUGCUGUCUUUUACUCACUGGUGGUGCCCAUGCUGAACCCCCUGAUCUACAGCUUCAGGAACAGGGAGGUGAAGAGCGCCCUGAGGGAGUUUGUUGUGUGGAAGUAG